AUGACAGGCUUCCUUCAAUCAUUUUCCUCUCGCUCCAUCCUCUCCGAUCGCAGCACCACCUCGGUUGCCUCGAGCACAGCAUUUUCAGCCGUCGAGCUGGGCAUGCUCGGCUGCAUUGAGGGAGCACACUCGAUCAUUGCGCUUCUGGCAGAGCACUCCAAACCAUCUCCGCCAGCCGACAACCUUACUGGAAGCAUCCCCGACGCAAUACACUUUAUGUAUGAAUCCACAGAGCAAGAAAUAACAAGAAUACCCUCGGGAGUGGGGAAACUAGACAAUGCAGGCUUGGACAGCUUGGAACAAAAGCUAAACGACCAACUACCCUACCUAGCAGACGGAGUCGAUGUCGUCAAUGGGAAUGAAAAGGACUACGAGACUCUUUACGCAUGGAUACAGGAGCUCGAGACAGAGGAUGCCUGGUUGUUGGAUGUCACGACGGGGUAUUCUGCAAUGCGUCUGUCCUCCGGCCUCGCCGGCCUCCUCAAUCUCGCGCUGCAUCUCCAAAAACCAAACGCAGUAGCCGACCAGAUCAUGUCUCGCAUUGCUGGCCGCAUCCACGCAAACCAGCAAGCCGAAUACCUCGCUCGGAUCCGGCCUGCAUGGAGCAAGUAUUUUGUGUCUGGUUGGCUACGCGACAAACUCGGCUUGUCACAAGCCGCUGAUAGCAGCGAGCUCAGCGAGUAUGGACGAAUGAUACACGACACGACGAAAAAGAGACUUGAGCAGGGGGGUCCGUUAAAACCUGUUGAUGAAUACAAAGACAAGAGCAUGCAAGAAAUGCUCGCAGAACUAGACCGAAACACAGUACCGUACAAGGACUCCUUUGAAGAAUGGGGCAAAGACUGGGACGACGAUGAUGACGAAGCAGCAGCAGCAGGACAAAAUACAAUCCUGCGCAACCCAGCAACACCAACCCAAAUCGCCACGGCUGAAGAGACCAUUGGCCGACCACUACCAGACGACCUGAAGCAGUUUUACGCUCUUACCAACGGCACUCGCCCCGUCGUCGAGCACUACCCCGGAUUCCAUGCUAUCAAGGCGCUUCUACUGCCAGUCGAAUCCCUAUUUUGGGAAGAUGAGGAGUACAUGCACCACUACACCUUGGAUCUACUCCCCGGCACGAGACGAGAACUGCCCAUCGAGAUCGAGUGGCCCGGGAUCGAAGGCGGUGCGAUUGCCAUGUACGAGCACGAAGGGCAGGGUACUGAUUAUGUAUGGUACGUUACGUCGGAAUUAGUAGCCAAGGCAAGAAAACUCCUAGAAGAAGCCUAUGAAGCGGCGACCGCAAACGACAAGAAAUAUCUAGACAGUCUCGUGCAGGAAUAUCACGGUAGCUGGGAUAAACUAAAAGAUCUCAAAGGGUGCUGGUACCAGCAACAGUGGGGGGAUCCAGACAGUAUGAUUGUGUUUCACGAUUUCAGAGCGUUUUUAAGCACGGUGGUGUCGAGCAGUGUGUUGGAGGAGAACAAGAGUCCGAUCAAGAUGCCUAAGGAUUAA